CAUGGAACGCUUCCGGUUAGGAAUCAUGGCCGCGGCCGUUCGAGAGUCACGUGUGAGUGCGGGGAAAAAGCUGAAAAAUUCACUAAAGAAGAAGGGGAAGAUGAAAAUGAUAUCCCCGGCUGCAGCAUCGGAGCUGGAAGAUAAGGACAAAGAUGCUACCGAUAAUGAAGGUUCUGUAGGAAGCUGUGGAUCGGAAGAGGAUCACUUUUCCUCUGGUGAAGAAGCAGUAGAAGCUGACAAUGAGGAUGAAGCUGAGCCCUGUGACGAUGGCAGUGAAAAUGCUGUAGAAGCUAGUGUUGGAACUAAUGUGGGCUGGGCAGAUGCCAUGGCUAAAAUCCUUAACAAGAAGACUCCUAAAAGUAAACCCACCAUUCUGGUCAAAAACAAGGAGCUGGAAAAGGAAAAAGAGAAGUUAAAGCAAGAGAGACUAGAGAAAAGAAAACAGCUUGAUAAGAAGCGGGAAUGGGAAAUGAUGUGCAGAGUAAAGCCAGAUGUUGUCAAAGACAAAGAAACAGAGAGAAAUCUUCAGAGAAUUGCAACGAGGGGUGUGGUGCAAUUAUUUAAUGCUGUUCAAAAGCAUCAGAAGAACGUUGAUGAAAAAGUUAAAGAAGCUGGAGGCUCUAUUAGAAAGCGUGCUAAGCUGAUAUCAACUGUUUCCAAGAAAGAUUUCAUCAGUGUUCUCAGAGGGAUGGAUGGAAGCACAAAUGAGAAAAGUUUGACUGGGAAGAACUCGAAAGCCAAACAGACUGAAGCAAAAUCAGAAGAGGGCCCAGGAUGGGCUAUCCUACGUGAUAAUUUCAUGAUGGGAGCAUCCAUGAAAGACUGGGACAAAGGAAGUGAUGGAGCAGAUGACAACAGACCGGGGUCUGGAAGUGACUCUGACACAUAAAGCUAUAUAAGAAACACAGUUUCCAUUUUAUUUUUCCUAGAAAAAUACUCGUGCUCUGAAAGUUGGGAAAUUAUAAAGAUACCAUUUGUAAGAGAGCCAAAAGACUUUCACUAUUAUCAACUUUGGUGUUUCUCUUUUUCAUGUAAACUUGGUUAAAAUGAUAUUUCAGACCUUGUAUAAUUUUAAGCAUUGUUCUUUAGAACGUUUGUAGAAAUAUUUCUACUUGAGAUAUGCAUUUUGCCAAGUUCAUUAUAGGCUUACCUGUUGCUUUUGGAUAUUGGUGUUUUAUUUAAGUAUCACCAAGGGUUGUAGAAAUGCAAUAUCAAUUCAUAAUUAAAAUGAACUCCUUGAAGUUAAUAUUUUUCAGCCUCUAA